GAAGUCAAGUAACGGCUACUGUGUCUCGUUGGAGUGUUUUGCUGGUUGGGGAUGGUCAUUGUCAGUGUUUUGUCACAGGACAGCAUGAGACUCGCCUCAAGGAAGGGAUGUACAUUUUGGAAGAAAAAAAGUCGCUUAGUGUAAUGGGUUUGAUCAAGCGUGUGGGAUGGAAUCCCGACAACUCAACAGUAGAAGCUGAGCAGUCACGCAAAGAAGUUCUAGUGAGAUGUGGAGGAUCACGACCUUAUUACUGAUAUUUGCACUGGUGCUGGGCUCAGAGGUUACCCGAUGUGAGGAUGUAGGGUCCGUGGCUGCUGAUGAGUUAGCCGCGCAGGCUCAGAAGGAGAAUUUGGGCGACAUAUCCACAGUACCAGGAACCACACGUCACCAGAUUCUGGCAGCGCAGUUUGAGUGCUACCUGAAGAUAAUCCACGAUCCACCACGAACCGAAGAAGGCAAUUACUGUAACCGCACAUGGGAUGGCUGGCUGUGUUGGGGGGAUUCGUCUCCAGGGACGUUCGUACAGAUGUGCCCUGAAUACUUCCACGAUUUUGACCCUGCCGAAAAAGUUACCAAAGUUUGUAAUCCUGACGGACAGUGGUUCCACCACCCAGAGAGCAACAGAGUGUGGUCCAAUUACACCCAGUGUCAGAUCUACACCAAAGACAAACUGAAGUUCGCCAUCAGCUUGUACUAUCUGGCCAUGGUGGGUCACGGCCUGUCCAUUGUCUCCCUGAUCAUCUGCCUCAUCAUCUUCUCCUAUUUCAAGAGUCUUAGCUGCCAGAGAAUCUCCCUCCACAAGAACAUGUUCCUCUCCUUCAUUUUGAACUCCGUUGUUACCAUCAUGUGGCUCUCUUUGACAGCAGCCAACAACCAAGCCAUAAACACAAGCAACCCUGUGAGCUGUAAAGUGUUGGCUGUGCUAACCCAGUACACGUCGACUUCCACCUACUUCUGGAUGCUGUGUGAGGGCAUCUACCUUCACACUCUCAUCAUUGUGGCUGUCUUUGUCGGGGACCAGAAGCUCUUCUGGUACUACGUCUUGGGCUGGGGCUUUCCCAUCCUUCCUGCAAUCACCUAUGCUGUGGCCCGCGGGCUCUUCUUUAAUGAUAGGUGUUGGAUCAGCUCACACACUUACUUACUCUACAUCAUUCACGGACCCAUUCAAGCUGCGCUGCUGGUGAACUUGUUCUUUCUCCUGAACAUUUUACGAGUUCUGAUCACCAAGAUGAAGGAGACCCACUGUGCCGAGUCCACAACCUACAUGAAGGCUGUGAGAGCCACGCUGAUCCUCAUCCCACUGCUCGGAGUCCAGUUCAUUCUUUUCCCCUGGAGGCCCGAGGGCCGCAUCAGUCGGGCCAUUUAUGAUUUCUUUGUAAAUAUCUUCUGCCAUUUCCAGGGACUCUUGGUGGCAAUUAUAUUCUGUUUCUGCAAUAGUGAGGCCCAAACGGCACUGAAGAGAAAAUGGGCCCAGUGGAAGUUGGCCUGGGGUAAGACGGGCUGGGGAGAGACCCCCACCGCCAACAACCACUUCAGCUACCACAACAAUUCCUCCUUCACAGAGACCAGCCGUGCCACCGUCAGCAUGGAACAAGCCGAUACCCACUGCAAAAGCAGCGAGAACGCUCACUUCCUGUCCGGCAGACAGCCAGAGAGAAGUGUGGAGUGCAGCAACGGGGAGGUGGAUGUGCUCAACAAGCUGCAUACCGUCAACAUAUGACACACCUUCAGGGGCACCUUUUUUAAUAUACAAAAAAAGAAAACAAAAAAAAAAAAAAUGUCCUACAUAUUAUUUAAGAGCACUUGCAAAACAAGCUUGUUUUACACACAUUUUGAGAUCACAGCUUCAGUUUAUGCACAUAGAAACUCUGAAAUACAUUAUUUGUAUCAUUUUGUAGUCCUUAUAGUGAUUCUGUGUAUACUGUAUAUUUGAUGUGGCUGGCAUUGCAAACUUUAUUUCCUCAUACAGUGUCCUUUGGAAACAACGACUACCAUAUGAUGUCUCUAUAAGGCUUAUAAGGGUUAACCUUUUGGAGAGGUAUAAAUGCAUUUUUACAGCGCAUGCACAAACAAUUCACAGUGUCACAUUUUGUUAAAGGUUGAUUAAAUUACCUCCAGCGGCACAUUGGAGCAUCUA